UUUCGGCAGCUUUCUAGCUUCCAACUUUAAAACCAUUUUUUCGGUUCUGUUAUUAAUGGCCGUCGGCUUUUAUUCAAUUUGAUCGAAAUUGAACCUAUCUGACGUGGUUUUUAGUAAAAAUUGCCUCGACUCAUUCUCAUGCGGCCAUAAAAGAUCAAGUUUCAAAGAUUUCUGGAUUAAUUUAUGUACUAAGUAAUUCGAUAAAGUCAGUUGUUGAGCGGAAUUUUAUUGGAAGCUGUAGUUUUUUCUUCCUACUUCACCAAUAAAUUUGCCCUAUAAAAGGGCAAGCUCGUCUGACAUAAGACCUACUUUUACCCCAUAUCGAUUGAAAAAUAUUCAAGCUUAACAGGGACCCAAAGGACCCCUGAAUUGAUUAAAACAAUUCAUACCCUGCAGUUUUUUUACGCCCGAAUUUCUUUGCUCCGUCAUUUGUUUAUAUCAUCAGUUGGCAAAUUCUUUAUUUUUAAUCACCUGCUUCCGCUGAGUUGUGAUACUCGCAGUAAAUUAUCUGCAGAGGAAUAUUUAUGGUCUGAUUAAAAGGAUCAAUAAAUACUUGAUUUUUCUUGCAUCGUUUCCGCUCAAAGCUCGAACUUGAAGCUGAGUAAAAAAACCCGCUCAUAAACUCAAAAGAUUUAAAAAAAAUAUUUUGUAGUUCUUCUAACGAAGAUAAUUUUGGUUUUCAUUUCUUCGUAAUUUUCUUCUAAAGUUCAUCUGUUCUCCACAGUUUAAACGAGUUGAUUUUCCUCAUAAACUGCAAAAGUUAUUUUGCUAUACCUGAUUCUUAUCAUUGGUGCAACAUCUCAAAUCAUUAUCGUAAUAACUCAAUUCGUCAAAAUGAGCAAUACAAUGUUCGAUUUGGCGAACGAAAAUCUUGAAAUUAAUGGAGCAGACAAUAAAGGGAGUAACUUGUCGGUGGAUUUUGCAAACGAUACUGUUGAACUUGUCGGCAGUGAUGAUGGGGCGUCCCAGCCAGCUGACUUCUCCAAGCUAACUGACUUCUCCCAGUGUGAGAUCAUAGUGUUCCGCAUUCUCCUGUUCACCCUGGACCCCAACUACUUAUAUCUCUUCUUCCUCAAGUGCACAUUCAACACUCUGGGUGCUGUUGGUGCACUGGUGGUGGUGGCUGUAUACUGGAGCAGGGCACAGAAACACCAGAGUGAGAAGCUCAUCAUAGUGUUGUCUCUCAUCGACUUCUCAUUCAACAUCUGCAGUCUCAUCUCCAUCCUGCUCAUACAUUUCGACUGGCUGAAGAAUGGCUCGGUGGUGGCUCACUUCAUGUUCUGUGUGUCCAAUUCCGCCUUCUUCUCGGUCGUCACCUUCUCCUCCAUGUGGAUCAUACUACUCAUACAGCUCAACAGGUUCACGGCCAUCUGCACGCCAGAAAAGUACAGAAUAUACUUCACAGCUGCAGCAGUUCACUCCAAACUCAUCGCCGUAUUCGUCUUCGCAACACUCAUCGGCGUAUUCUGUUGUCUGCAGUUCCUCGUUACGAGCAGAUUGGUCAUUCUGCUAAUUGAACUAGUGUGGCACUUUGUGAGGUGUCUCUUUGUCACUUUUGACGCAAUCGGUAUGGUCUACGUCAUCACCAAGGUCACCCACACUUUCAAGGCCGAACCUUUUAUGUACAAGAAGUCCCGCGAGUCCUCAGAUAGUUAUGCCGCGUCAAAGACCAGUCAAACCAAUAUGAUUCCCUAUCAGAAUAAUUUUGAUGUGGAUCAGCGGAUGCAGUGUCUAAACUACCUGCACUCAUCGAGUGCUCCCCCAGUACCGCAAAUUGGUCCCCCAUGCGAAUCGGGCUGCUCUUCCACGUCAGCAUGUCUGCUUGGCACCCGGAAGCCAUCUGAAAGCAGGGGAAAGUUCACCGUCCAUAUCUCAGACCAGAUUUCGAUCCACCAGGGAAGUCUAGGCGACUCGCUUCAUCACAGAACCUCGGUCAUUUUCAGGGAGCGCAACAUAUCAGGAGACGCUACUCAUGAUCAUACCGUACAUCCGGUCACGUCUGUCUACGAUAGCGAGACCUUUGAAGCCAGGCGUCCACGAUCUAUCCACAGGAUGUAUCCUAGAAAGAAGAUCUCAUCGAGUAACAACAGAACACAGAGCCACUCACCCGCUUACCAUCAGAAAAUGGUGACGCGCACCCUGUUCAUUGUGACUGUUGUUUUCAUUCUCUCCAACAUGCCGCAUUUCUUCAUGGAAGCCAUCAUGUUUGUCUUGAUUCGGUUUUGCAGCGUAACAAACGUUCCAAAAGAGGUGAACAAGGUAGGGAGUAUUCUCUACAUGAGCUAUGUCAUACACUUUGCCCUGAACCCAGUGCUCUAUAUGGCGAGCAGCUACUACUUCCGACGGCGGUGUUACGAAUUCUUCGCGUCGAACUCUAAUCGUGUCAAACGGCUUCUCGCUUCACGACUCGAUCAACUUCUAGCCAGAAAAGGAGUAAGGGAAAGUGGUAAUGAAAUGUGCGAACAAGAUAUGACCAAGUUUGUGAACUCUAAAAGAAAAGAAGGCGUCGUGACAUUUUCGUUGAGCCAGUGCAACUUUGAAUCUCUUCAGGAGGGGGCACAAACUUUCUCUGUUUAACAUGACAAUAUCAAAACAAUUGAACACUUGAUAUAU